ACAUUGUUGUUGUACAGCUGAAAAAUCAGGCUUUAUUUGUCACCAGAUCCCCAUGCUAAAUAUGCGGCUUGUAAGUGUUUUGAUCAAGUGAAGGGAUAGAAAAAAGUAAUGUUGUACCAACACACCCAACUCAAGCAACGGGAUAUUACAUCUGCCUUCAUAGCACCCUCUGCAGGGAACGUUAGGAGUCAUUUAUAUCAACAAUAUGAACACUGAAGGAUGAGCAACUUUACAUGUCGAACUGUAUAUGGCAGGAACAGCAGUGGAAAUGUUUGUAUAUUUGUAAACACGUAAGGAAUAUUGUGAAAACUACAGUAAAACUAUUAGCGGACUAAUAUAGUGAUACUGCUGGUCCUGGUGAACCUCCUGACAUAACCUGGAGCAAGUGGUCAUGGCUUUAUUAAAAUAGCUGUGGAAAAAAAGUGUGUGUGCGCGCGCGCGCGUUCGUGCAUGUGAUGCUCGGCAGUCAGUCACACACACACACACACAGCCUGUAGAGGGGCCCCUAGCGCCAGCCCUCAGUACUGGUCUGGCUGAUUACUCCCACUGGUGGAUCCAGAUCUCUGACUAUCGCAGUGUUUUGUCGGAGGCUGAAACACGCUCACACGUAUGGACAGUGACUCGUAGCUCCGCCACCAAGACUCUGUCUCCACCCGUGCACACUUACUCACCAGACCGCACCGACCGACCGCCUAGUGGCUUCUGUUCGCUGUCCGGCGUCACCUCUGCGGGGCCUCCUCAGUUUUGACGAGAGAAAAGUGGGUGUUUGCUGUUCACUGGUGUUCCGGCGGCGGCGGAGGCGGCGGCGGCAGCAACAGCGGCGGCGGCGGCACAGAGCCCAGAGAAGUGUCCUCGAUGGCAGGCUGGAAGGACGGCUCGGUGCAGGAGAAGUAUCGGCUGGUGGUGGUCGGAGGCGGUGGUGUCGGGAAAUCAGCCCUGACUAUUCAGUUCAUUCAGUCGUACUUUGUCACCGACUAUGAUCCCACAAUUGAAGACUCCUACACAAAGCAGUGUGUGAUUGACGAAAGGGCGGCCAGGCUUGACAUCCUGGACACGGCUGGACAGGAAGAGUUUGGAGCCAUGAGAGAACAAUACAUGAGGACAGGGGAGGGCUUCCUGCUCGUCUUCUCAGUCACUGACAGAGGAAGUUUUGAAGAAAUCUACAAAUUCCAAAGGCAAAUCCUCCGAGUCAAAGACAGAGACGAGUUCCCCAUGAUCCUCGUAGGAAACAAAGCCGACCUGGAACCACAGAGACAAGUAACCCAGGAGGAGGGUCAACAGAUGGCCAGACAACUCAAAGUCACAUACAUGGAGGCUUCUGCCAAAAUCCGUAUGAACGUAGACCAAGCUUUUCAUGAGCUGGUUAGGGUAAUCAGGAAAUUCCAGGAACAGGAAUGUCCACCGUCGCCAGAGCCCACGAGAAAAGAAAAAGACAAGAGCGGCUGCCAUUGUGUGAUCGUUUGAGUUGGUCUCAUCACUGUAUGCAUCUCAUGCAGCUACUCUCCACCAACCCCCACCCCCACCCACCACCCACUCUGCCUGACGUUACAUCCGGAGUGGAUGACUGACCGCUGCCUUCUCCACGUGCAUGACUCCAAACAGCCUUUUCUGACAUAGACACGGACCAGGAAGUGUAGUCGCCUGGACAUCACUAUGGACAAACGUGGCAAUGCCAAAAUGUAAUCACCACUUUACCUUCAGUCACAGCCUAAUUCACACCAGAGAGUCCCAACACUAAACAUUGCCUUCUAAAUCAGCCUGACAAAUUUACCUUUUUUUGUACUAUUGAAAGACUUCUCUUGCCUUGUAGUGACAUUUGUACGUGUUACCGAGAUUGAAUGAAUUAUAUGAAUUACGUAUAUAUGUAUAUGCAUAUAUACCUUUAUAUGUGUAUAUAUACACAUUUAUACACACAUAUAUAGACAUACAUGUAUAUAUUUAUAUAUAUAAUAUAUAAUAAUAUAAUAACAUAAAGUGGAAUGUUAUUGACUUUCUUUAGUUACCAAAUGUCUGAUCAGAGCAGAGAGAUUAUCUUACUGAGCUUUGUGUAUGUCGUGCCAUAUCCACCCUUUACUCCCAUGUGCUAAUCUGCUACUGUACAUAAGUGACAUUUGUUGUGAUUUUUUUUUUCAAAAAUGUAUUUCUAAUAACCUAUUAAAAUCACCACAGUACAGUGUGUGAGGUUGACUUUGGUUUUACACAUAUGAACUAUGACUAUAAAAGUAUGUACAUAAAUAUAAUACCAAGACAGCCCUUAAAGCUACAAUGAUAGAACUUUGCAGUUUAUUCUCUAUCUGUGGUGUCUGCUUUCAUCUCAAUUGCCAAAAAUGCGGUAUCUGUAUGAAUUUUGUGGGGGGGUUUUUUGUUGUUUUUUUUUUUUAGAAGUCUUAUAAAUGAAAUGAUUGCCUUUUUCUUGGGUUUCUCACAGUUGCGACCUGUAUCUUGAUUGUUGGCAAAUCAGUUGAAAUCAUAGGCCGUAUUAAUGGAGGUAGAUUCAGCUGUCUGGUUCUUCAAGUGAAGCUGUGGAAGUGGAUUUCUUUAUGGUUUUGGAGGCAUAUGUUUUUCACUAAAACAUAAUGUACACUUUUGUAAAUUACGCUCCUGUUAAGUAACUCUCCUGCAUCUCUAUAACACGGUGAUCCAUGACUCGGGAAAUUCAACAUCUUUGUCAAAUAAACUCUACUAUUUUGCCAUAUCUAAGACAAAUUCAACUCCCGGCGUGUAGACAUUUUAUAGAAUAUGACAUGAAUGUUUGUGAUGCUAAGUUAGUACUUAACAUUUUAAGGAAUGUCUUUCAAGUGAACAAAUGAUUUCUAAAGUGUGACACAUGCUGAACAAAGUCUUGCAGAGCAGUCGUCAGUUGUCCUGCUCCCUGUGACGGUUGUAGUAAAUUUUGAUGAUGUACUGUCCUUUUGUGCUUUAUUCAUUAUUUUUUCUCUACAUGGGAUCAGAUGAGAAAGAAAGAUUUAUGACGUAAUCCACAAGAAAGUUUUACCUGAUGUAACGUUAAAUAAGUAAAUAGGCACUUCCUGUUUGGACUGCAUUCAGGUGGAUUUACCAUUGAAACCAGUGAAGCGCUGCUUCCAUGGCUUCACUUUGCAACUGUUGGCCUUUAUGCAUUUUGUUAUCUAGGUUCUGUGGUCAGAUAAGAACAUCACAGAUUGUUUCAGAUUCUAAGAAGCAGAUUAAAUAAUGUUUUUUUUCCAGAUAUUUAAUGUUCAACUUCUGACAGUGUUAACAAAUCCGUGUUUGCUUUUCUAAACCAAAGCUCACUUUAGUUCAGAUCAUUCCAGUGUAAGGCGGCUUUUCCAUCAACCAUUUAUUCCAGUAAAGGAUAGUAAUAAGAUUACUGUUAUAUAAUCAUUCCAGUAACACAGUGGUAAAUGUAUCUGUUUGGUCCCUGUUUUGUGAAUUUCCUGUUAUUCUGCCACAUUUCACUCCAUGUUCUGCCAGUUGGAAAAACCAGGACAAGUUGAAGCACUGAGAAAGUUCAAGCAGAAGUCCAUCUCUACUGGGACGUGAACUCAGCAGGGCUGCCACCUGCGGAGCUGCCAUCACACCACAAUCACAAAUCACGUCCUGCCUACUUCUCUUCUGUACUGCAGUUUCUUUGGUAUAUCACGGUCUUGUAAUUUAAACCAGAUAAUCACAUGAUGGAAGUCAUGGACUUGAUUAAAAUGUUUCUACUCUACUUUUAUACAUUAUUUUCUUAUCAAACUACUAAAUGAGUAUUUUUAUAUGUUUAUAAGUGAGUACAUAUUCACGGCACAGCUGUGUGUACACGUGAAGGCGAAUAUUUAAUUCUUCUAUUAUAAACCGUGGUUCAAAAUCUUUGGCCCAAAUUUAAAAAAAUCUAGCUUUUUCUCCCACAUGUGACUAAAAUUGUGUUUUCAUGUUGUGGUUGAAUAAAUAAAUGAAAAGUGAAUAUUUAUCUGGUGUGUCCUUCACCAGCCAAGAGACGAAUGUAUUAGAGAACGUAUUCUGGUGUUGACAUGGUAACGUUAGAUCACCCUAAUGAAUUUGUAAAAUGUCUAAAUAUACUCUCUCUCUCUCACUGCAAAUCUAAUGUACAUUCAAAUCAUACCAUUUGUUUUGUUUUUUUAAUUAUUACUGUCUUCUUCUUUAUCACUGUCUUAUUCCCUGUGUCUAGCUUUUGGUGCUGAAAUAAAAUCUGUCAUUGAGCCAGA